AUGAGCUCAAGGACUGACGCCGGUCGAAGAGAAGCUCAUCUCGCUGAACUCAUGUUACGGGGCCACAUCACGGUGUUUCCGAACAAUGUGCAGGAGCUGGCCACAAAGUGCUCCCGCACCCCUUUGCAAGCACUGGACGAGAUCCACAUCUCGUGGCAGGGCGCGGAGAAGCCGGCACCGAGCGACCUGUCGAGUCUCUUGUCGGUGAGGCGGCGGGUGGUCGAGAGGGCCCUUGUCUGGCUGAAGCGGAACAACCCCACUACGCCGAGAUCGAGAUCGACGCGGCGGAGAUGGAGAGCUGGGGACUCGAUACACGGGGUACCGUCGUCGGUGUGCGAUCGUAUGGAGCGGAACGAGCCGUCUGGGGGAGAAAGCGCGGACGGCGCACGUUGUGCCGCCCACGGAACGCGCCAUGGACGAGGAGGGCCGGUGGAGAUCGAGGAGCUCUUCGCCCUGCUCAACCAAGGACAAGAAGCCGGCGGCCAGGGUGAAGGUCACGGGCCCAACGGAGAAGGCGCGGUUCGCGAUGGAAGUGACGCCUGCCCCGACCAGAACGUUCCAGCGAUCAACGAGGUGACGUCUUCUGGCAUGUUCGCGCUCGACGGACCGCCAGACGUCGCGGACGUGGAGAAGCUGCAGUUUGCCUGUGACGCUGUUGGUGAAGGUGCCGACGACGGCCGUGCGGGCCCGAGAGCGUGGGUCGGGUCCCUAGCCGGGGGGGUUCGGGGGCGUGGCGACGGUGGUUGUGAGCCAUACAUCCGGGUUUCGCGGGGGGGUGAGUUUACCGAUUCCUUUGAGGCGUCCUUCUUUGCCAGGACGUUCCCGACCCUGUUCCCAUUUGGCGUUGGGGACCAAGAAAGGCUAGCGGCGGCGAGGGUCGAGUUGGAGAGCUCGGCCCAUGUCGAGAGAGUCCGUCUCAAUAUGCGGCGGAAAAUCCAGUCGCUCAUCGUCGGAUAUGGCGUGCCGGCCAUCUGGUUCACCAUCAACCCGAACGACAUUACGAACCCGGUGAAGCUGCGACUGGCGGCAUACCGCACACGCGAUCCCGACGCGGCCGAGGAGUUCUUAGAAGGCCUUGGGGAUGCGUAUAAGCGGGCACGGCUGGCGAUAUCGGAUCCCAUGAGCUCGGCCGUGUUCUUCCACCGCGAGAUGAAGCUGUUCUUCGAUCAUUACGUGAAGCGUCUUCUCAGAGGAUCUGGACCAGGAAAGUUUUGCGCCGUGCAAGCGGAGCGAUCUGUGACGGGCGGUAUUGGUUCCCUGCUGGACAACGCCGCGCAGUUCUCGGCCGCGUUUAUCGAGGAGGCCAACUUCUGUGCCGGCGCGACGCAGGAGGGCGGAAGGGGACCUCUGCCGGUUCAAGGCGCCAUGGAGAUCCGGAGGACACACAGCAUGGUCAAUCGAUGGAACGAGGCUAUUGCUGUCGGGCUCCGGCACAACCAUGAUAUUUCCUUCAUUGCGACGCAGCGCAAGACAAUGGCCCUCAUCUAUUAUGUCACGAACUACGCGACCAAGGUGGAGGACCCGGUGUGGAAGCGUGUGGCGGCCGCGGCCGAGCUCCUGGCCGCCUCAACAGGGAACAGGACGCGACAGUUCCUGAUGAGAGUGGCGAACCGCGUGUUCACGGAGCGUCCGCUAUCACAGGUCGAGGUCGUCGCUCACCUUCUCGGAUAUCCGGCCGAGUUCACCGACAGCAGCGCGUGGGCGUACCUGAACUGUUCUCUGCUGUACUGGGAAGUCUUUCGGCGAUGGCGGCAUCUCCGAGAAGCCAGUGGCGCUGCGGCUACGGAUGACACCUUGGAUGAGUCGGUGCUCAGGCGGCCGGGCAAGCACGCUACCGUCUGCCUCGACGGCUACCUGAGCAAGGACUUCACCUACGAUGACGAGUCGUGCUACCGGAGGGCAGCCGUGCAGCAUCUUGCGCUGUUCGUGCCGUGGGAGUCCUUCCUGGGCGAAGGAACAGGUGAGAUCAACAGCAUCUGGGCGCGGGCUCGAGACGCUAUGGCCCCGAGAAUAUCAUGUCUCGUCGACAACGUGCAGCUGCUUCGACGAUCCGCCGAAGACGCAAAACGCGACGCCAAGCAAUGGGCAGCCUCGUCCGGCGAUGGCGACCCGACGGUCGCACACGUCGAGGAGGGUGGAGCAGGCGAGGCGGGCGCGGAGUCUGCAGCGACAUAUCAGCCCAACAGCAUCGGAGACGCAACGCGGCUCAUCGACGUCGUCCGAGGUGCAGUGGGAGCGAAUCAGGUGACGGCCAAGUCGCCGGAGCUCAUGGCAAUGAUACAGCAGCUCUGUCGGUUUCAGCAAUCGGCGCUGCGCUCGACGGCCGAGCUCGAGGCCACGGCGCUGAUCGAACGAGGAGAGGCGGUUAAGCAUGCCAGGGCGGGUAUUUUCCGGGGCCGCACUACCGCCGCAGGAUCAGGUCAAGGCUAUCAAGUCGCAGCAGUCCAUCGCUUUUCUGAUAAUAUGCCGCCAGCUCGAUUUGAUGCAGCAGACCGACGGGGCGAUGCCUGCCAGCUGCGCCAGUUCGUCGGUGGCGAGGGCGGUACCGGCAAGUCGCGAAUCAUCGAGGCACUCGUCGAGCUGUUCAACCUUGACGGGGUGCGGCUGCCGAAACAGGCGGAGCGGUUCAUCCACGGCCAGUCUCGAAUGGAUUGGCAGGAGAAGGAUGUGCUCGUCAUCGACGAGGUGAGCAUGCUCGGGGCGCGGACGCUGCACGCCGUGAACGAGCGGCUUCGCCGGCUUCGCGGAUCGCGGCAAGAUUUCGGGGGGAUCCCCAUCGUCCUCUUCUGCGGAGAUUUUCAGCAGUUCCGGCCGGUCAAGAGAGACAACUCGUUCAAGGCCGAGCAGCGUCACCAGCACGACAAAGCGCACGCACUGUGGAAGAGGUUCACGACGGUCGUCAUGCUGGACGAGCAGAUGCGCGCCGCCGGCGACCCGGAGCUGCAGAGGCUGCUGAAGCGGAUCCGUCUAGGCGUGCAGGAUCGGACGGAUCUAAACCUCCUCAACUCAAGGAAUCGGUGGAACCUGAACAUGGAGGCGAGCCUGGCGUUCCGGGUCCAGCAGCGGUCGACGAUGCGCAUUUUCAUCUCCGAGCACAAGUGGAAGGAGGAGCUGCCGACGGAGGAAGAGGCGAUCAUGAUACUCAACCAGGGCGACGAUAGCGCGAUCCCGGUGCCGGCCGUCUUCAUGUUCGUGGCCGGGAUGCCCAUCGUCGUGAACCACAACACCCACCAGGGGCUGAAGCUAGUGAACGGCGCGAGCUACUCGGCGGUGGAGGUCAUUGUCGACAAGGCGUACCCGGGGCAUCGGAUCUCGGCCGAUAUGACGAUCCACUUCGGGCCGCCGGCGGGGAUCAUUCUCGAAUCGGAGACGACGAGAUAUCUCCACUUCUGCCAGCGAAAAAGGCCGUGGCAACGCAACGACGUCAGCCGAAAGGGUUUGCCGUGCGCAGCAGCGUUCGCGUGCACGGACUACAAGGUGCAGGGCAAAACGCUGGAGCGCGUGGCCCUCGAGCUGCGAGGACACGGACGACGAAGAUGGAUGGAACGGUGGUGCCCUCGCAGUGCGACCCGUACGGCCUGUACGUGCAGCUAUCGCGCUGCCGAACUCUAG